UGAUUAGAUGAUUACUGUUUGCUUGUCAGUCUUUCGCAAGAAUCAGCAAAAUAAUUUGUUUUUUACGUGUUCCAGUUGUGAAAAAAGAAGAAUAUUAUCUUUAUCUUGUUUUAUUAUCUCUCUGCAAGAUUCUUAUCUAGUGAUUUGCAGUUGUUUGCCGCUAGAGUUAUCAGUGUAAAUACCGUCUGUGUCCAAAGAUUUUAAAAUAAUUGGAGCAUUCCACAAAACAAAGAAACUGCAUUCCUCCAGAAUAUCGUAAAGGUUAUUGGAUUACGUUUGUGCAAGUUCUUGGAACGAAAGCGGGUUGUUUUCACGGGCAACGUAGCAAAAGAAGAACAUUUGUGGGUGGAGAAAAACGCAAUCGACAUAAUCAGAAGAGGCAUUCGUCAACUCAUUUUCGAACGAGCUGGUGUGGAAACACCCAUACUACGUACGACUGGGCUGCCAAUCGGGAAUAUAUACCAUACGGAUAAGAUGAGUUACUCAUCAUUCGAAAAUAACGGUCCGGGAACCACCACGGUAACCAAUGAAGCUGAUUUUCAGAAGCUGGUCCAGACUAUUGCAACCAGCAUUCAAAAGAUUCUUCAGAAUGUUUCGUCUAUGCAGCGCAUGGUGAAUCAGUUUGGAACAGCACAGGACUCACCGGAAUUGAAACAACAGCUCCACCAAAUUCGAACCUACACCCAACGAUUGAUCACCGAUACAACCAACCUGCUAAACAAUCUGGUCAACUGCAAGGAACGCCACUUGAAGAUCCAACGUGAUCGGUUGGUUGACGAAUUUGGCGCCGCACUAACAGCGUUCCAGUCGGUUCAGCGAAAAACUGUAGAUCUGGAAAAGAAUGCCAUCCGACUGGCACGUGGCGCCCAUGUGACGCUAAACAAACCGCCCGGGUCAAACAAUUCCAGUAUGGGAAGCUACAACAAUUCGUCGAUGUUCGAGGAUAACUUUGUAACCAGCAGUCACGGUCAACGUGGGCAGACGCAAGAGCAGCUGCAGGAGGAAAUCGAUCUACAGGCGCUAGAGAGUCAGGAGCAAACCAUUCGAGAGUUGGAGGAAAACAUUCUCAGUGUAAACGAAAUUUACAAAAAGUUGGGUGCGCUGGUGUAUGAGCAGAGUCAUCAGGUGGAUUCAAUUGAGGCUUCUGUUGAACACACGAGCGUUUUCGUGUCCGAGGGGGUGCAGCAAUUGAAGCAAGCUAGUGUCUAUCAGAACAAAGCCCGCAAGAAGAAGUUAAUUCUGGCUCUGAUAGCGGCAGCUAUUCUGGCAGUGAUCAUUUUGCUUAUAAUAAUAAGAAACUAGUACCGAAAAACUUGGCUGGAAUAAAGAUCGCUAUUAGGUGGAUACAGAAGGUGCAUAUUUCGAUAAACACUUUCGAAAUAGCAGUAUGAAGGGAUCUGUGUAGUUUGUAUUUGUUUUUUUUUUUCACAUAGUCGAAGCAGCAAAUCGAUUUUCGGUGAGCCUAAGAUACUGAUAUCGCUAUCCCCCCAUCUUGACCGGCAAACGCUGAGCGUCAUAAAACUUUUUUUUUGGGCAGUCGUCCGUAAAUAACGUGAUACAUUUUAUUUCAAGUAUGAACAUUCUAGAAAGCUGCAUCAUUCUAAUGUUGUUGGGGAGCGAAAUAUAAUUAUUGUAACAUAUUUGAUAGAGUUAAAUCUGCAGCAUGUUUUAGCUUUUAGAAUCAAAAUGAGGAUUUUUUUGAUAUUACUUAUCCAAAAGCAACCAUUCACGUUUAUUUAUACACUUACUAAGUACACUCUUCGAGCACUGUAUUAUAAUGUUAUGUACCCCAUAUUGUACGACUAGGUAUACUGCAUAUAGUACACGCACGUGACGAGAGAAUAAUAAAGAAGGUAAUGCAAGAAUAUAAAUCUAUAAGCAUAAAAUGUAA